AUGCGCUUCUUAGAUGAGGAGAGGAGUUGGAAUCUACUUCGUGACAAGGUGUUUGAACAACAAAGUUGCCCAGCUGAAUUCGAGAGAAUUGGAAGAAAGAUUGCUAAAAGUUGUGGAGGACUUCCUCUUGCAAUUGCUGUGGCUGCAGGAAUUCUCACAAAUUGUAAUAGGACUCAACAUCAUUGGCUGAAAAUUGCAAGAAACAUUACCUUAGCUGUGGCAACAAAUGAUGAUCAAAUCUCAAAGAUAUUGACUUUGAGUUAUGACCAUUUACCAUGGCAGCUGAAAGCAUGUUUUCUGUAUAUGGGAGGUUUCCCAGAAGACUACAAUAUUCCAGUCUCCAAACUCACCAAGUUGUGGGUAGCUGAGGGAUUUCUGGAACCGAAUGGGCCUAAAAGCUUAGAAGAAUUAGCAGAGGAGUAUUUGGAAGAUCUUAUUAAAAGAAAUCUUGUUCUGAUCAUUAGAAAGAGAUCCAAUGGAAAAAUUAGAUUCUGCGGGUUGCAUGAUCUCUUGAGGGACUUGUGCAUACAAAAGGCUCGGAUGAAGGAAUUUUUUCAUGUCACCAAUAAUUCUGCAAGAGACAUCCAAAACCAACGUCGUCUGAGUAUUCAUUUUGACAUUUCUGAUGGAUUACUGGAUAAAUGUGCCUGUGCCUCGCCUAUCCGUUCAAUGUUGGUUUUCCGCAGCUCUGUUGCAUCAUUAUCCUUUCUACGAGGCUUUAGACUACUAAGGGUACUGGAUUUAUUACGAACAGUGUUACUCUUUAUGCCACCUGAAAUAACACAACUAUUUUUUCUGAGAUUUCUUGCUCUCACUGGCAGACUCAAGGUCCCUCCAUCAAUAUCAAAACUUCAGAACCUUCAGACCUUAAUGAUUCGUAUGUACAGAUGGGAAACAGGUGACAGCAUAUUAUUUCUACCAAUUGAGAUUUGGGAAAUGCGACAGUUAAGGCAUCUUAUCGUUUUUGAAGGAAGCAUGUUACCCACUCCUUUGGCUGCUGCACCAAGUGGUAGGCGAGUUCUAGAAAAUCUGCAAACACUCUUUGUUGACAACUUCAAAUUCACAAGCAAUGCCAUUGAAAUGAUGCCCAACUUAAAGAAGUUGAAAGUCUACUAUUGUGAUGUGUUCACAGCAGUGUGGGCAAAGUACUGCCUCAGCAAUCUGGUCCAUCUGUGCCUACUUGAAACUUUGAGUCUCAUGUUUAGGCCUGUUGGGUUGGAAGUGAAUCCUUUCCCUGCCAACUUUGCUUUACCAUCCACACUUCAGAAGUUAACUCUAACCGACUGCGCACUUCCUUGGCAAGAUAUGGCGGUCAUUCAUUCAUUGCCUAAUCUUGAAGUACUCAAAUUAAGGGACGAUGCGUUUAUGGGGGAAAAGUGGGAAUGCAGUGAAGGGGAGUUCCCAAGGCUGAAAUUCCUGCUAAUGGAGUUGUUGAAUCUCAAAUGUUGGCAAGUAGAAAGCAGUCACUUCCCACGCCUUGAGCGCCUAAUCAUCAAACGUUGUUGGCGAUUAGACGAAAUCCCUUGUGAGAUUGGAGACAUACCAACUCUUGAGUUGAUUGAGGUACCUAUAGGCCUAGGAAGAAAGUCUGCAGCUGAUUCAGCAGUUUUGAUUCAGGAAGAACAAAGAAGCCUGGGAAAUGAUCUCCUUCAAGUUCGUAUCCAUUCUAAGUAA